CUUUCUCUUUCUCUCUUCCUUCUCUCUUCCUUCUCUUUUUUUUUUUCAUAUCUAGAUUUGUUUUCUUCUUUUGUUCUUCAUUUUUUCUCCAACAAUUGACAAAGAAAAAUUGCAGCAUCCCGUCUCAAAUCUAGUGACGCUCCAAAUCCUUCUUCUCUGCAACUGCUCAUUCCUUCUGUUCUUUCUUUUCUCGGUCUCAAAAUAGAUGACGCUCCAUAUUGACCAAAAGGGGAAGGAUCUAGCAUCCCAUUUCAAAUCUGGUGACGCUCCAAAUUCUUCUUCUCUGCAGCUGCUCCUUCCUUCAGUUCUUUCUUUUCUCGGUCUCAAAAUAGAUGACUCUCCAUAUUGACCAAAAGGAGACGGAUCUAGUUUUAUCAUGGUGGUAGUGGGUGGUAAUCGACUCCAGUUCUGAGAAAGAAGAGUUAGAAGACAAUGAAGUUGGAGAAGAAAGUGAAAAGAGUCAUAAUU